GUGAACGUCAACCGCCGCCAUUCUGCUCUCGCUGCAUUUCCAACAGAUAACGGCACGUCGUCAUUACCGCACGGCAACGUUACUCGCAAAGCGAACAUGUCCACUUUCCAGAAGGAAGUCGUCAUUGACGGCAAGGGUCACCUCUUGGGUCGCCUGGCCUCGAUCGUCGCCAAGCAGCUGUUGAACGGACAGAAGAUCGUUGUUGUCCGCGCUGAGGAGAUCAACAUCACCGGUCCCUUCUUCCGCAACAAGUUGAAGUACAUGGCUUUCCUUCGCAAGCGAUGUGUCGUCAACCCCAGCCGUGGUGUCUUCCACUUCCGUGCUCCUUCCCGUAUCUUCUGGCGCACGGUCCGUGGAAUGAUCCCUCACAAGACUCCUCGUGGAGCUGCUGCUCUUGAGCGCCUGAAGGUCUUCGAGGGUGUUCCCCCACCUUUCGACAAGAAGAAGCGUUUGGUCGUCCCCGCCGCUCUCCGUGUCCUCCGUCUUUCCCCCGGUCGCAAAUUCACCGUUCUCAAGCGUAUCUCCACCGAGUUUGGAUGGAAGUACCAGGACGUCGUCGAGAGACUCGAGGAGAAGCGUAAGACUAAGAGCCACGCCUACUACGAGAAGAAGAGGGCUCUCCUCCGCAUUCGCGGCCAAGCUGCCAAGAAGGUCGAGAAGGAGCUUUCUACCGUCACUCAGCAAUUGGCCACCUACGGUCACUAGAUCAUUACGGAUGGGAUUAGAGUAAUGCCGCAAAAGCAGAAUUAGCAUCAUUCGUGGAGGAAGCAGUCUGUGCGUGGUCCGUUUUCCUUCCUUGUAGUAAUACAAAGUAUCGCGCACGUAUUUUUGCAUCGCACAUAUCAUGAGGGCGUGUGGGAUGCUCGAUCGGAAUUGGUAUGGGUGGCAAAGAAGAGGCGAUCACAGCCGCAAAUCAGUACACCGUCGGCGGAGCAUGUUCGCCUCCUAAAGGUUAUUGAGCACGAUUGUUGCCCCUUUAUACAAAUAAUCUUCCAGUUGGAAGCUGGAAUGUGGGACAUAAAGAUGGCGAACAAUGAGAAGGAAUUUGAUGUUCGCUAC